CUGCCCAUCCGAGUGAUCAACACCAUCUUCUAAGUUUUCGUUAUCGGUUUGAUGUUCUUUUUACUGGGAUGAUAUGAUAUUUGUGAAUUACCGAGAAAGAAAUAAUACAUCUUAAAUCGAAAAUUAGUAAUUACGAUAUAUAUAUACAUUGUACUAUAUGGACUUAAUUGUACAAUUCAAUGUUUAGCCUUAGUAAUUCAAUUUGGCAAAUUCAGCAGCAGAAUUUUCUGCCUCUUAGCCAUUUUGCAUCUUUGUUAUCUGGAGUUCAACGUCAUGAAAUUAAUAAAAGCAAGAGCUGCAAGUCUAAAUUGAAAAAAGAAACUAUCCUAUGUAUUGAGAGUUUAAAUGAGGCAUUAAGGAAUUGCACUAGUCAGAAUUUCCUGGAACUAUGCUGUGACAAUGUUUUUCAGAGUUUAAAUCAUUUAAAUAAUUUCAAAUCAUCAGUUAAACAACCUUUACCAUGGUUGGUAUCUUAUAAAUCAUCAUCUAGUUUUUUUGAAAAUAAAACAGGUUUUGCUGAAACAGAAUUAUGGCAUUUUCCAUAUGGUAGAUUUUCUUCAUUAUCAUCAUGUAGACAUAAACAUCCCUCAUUAAUACAUUUAAAUUUACAGCAGUUAAGAGGCUUUAAAACAAAAACAGAAAGAAAAACAUAUGGCUUAGGUGGAAAAUCUGUAGAAACUUCUAGAAUAUCCAAUGUUAGUGAUAAGCUAUUAGGUUUAACUGGACGAAAAGAAAAGGACAAGUUAAAACUUCAAUCAGAGGCUGAACAAAGUGAUAAAUUAAAAUCAUUGCUUACAGAUGAGAAUCUCAGUCCUGAAGAACAACAAAAAUUAAAGAUUUCAUUUGCCGAAGGAUAUCUUGCUGCUGAUCCUAGAACUAAAACCAGCUCAAAACUUAGAUUUUUUCAUUUCUUCAGAGAUAUUCUUGGCAUUCUACUCAUCCUUGGAAUUCUCUUCUCCUUCAUGGGUGAGCUGUCGGGAGGACCAUUUAGAAGGGUUUUGAUUGGUACAGGAAAUGAAGUUCAUCCAGAAGAAAUAGAUGUUACUUUUGAAAAUGUUAAAGGCGUUGAAGAAGCGAAGCAAGAAUUACAAGAAAUUGUUGAAUUUCUUCGCAAUCCUGAAAAAUUUUCGGUUUUGGGUGGGAAAUUACCUAAAGGAGUUCUACUUGUCGGUCCUCCUGGUACCGGAAAGACACUCUUAGCUCGAGCAGUGGCUGGAGAAGCAAAUGUUCCAUUUUUCCACGCGGCCGGUCCGGAAUUUGACGAAAUCCUUGUGGGACAAGGAGCCAGGAGAGUUAGAGAUCUUUUUCGUGAGUAUUGUACCUUAAGAAAGAUAUAUUGUAAGAAAAAGAUAAAAGUUAAAUAAUUUUCUUUUUUAAAA